AUGGCCGCCUUGGGGCGGCUGAACGACAUGCUGGCCAUUCAGAGCAGCGCCGACGCGCAGCGCUGCAGCGCCAUCACCAGGAUGCUCAUGGAGCGCUGCAUUUUGAGGGAAGUAGAAGGCUCUGACCGAAUCCUGGCGGGCGUGAAAAACCUUCUCACCAAGUACGUCUGGUGCCAGGACGUUUGGGUGGAAAUCAUGAUGCGACUCGCCACCGUGGCUUUGGUCUCUGCCGCCUCGCUGGAAUCCGUGGGCUUCUCGGUGGGCAUCGCGCUGGUGGUGGGCGUCAUGGUGGGGACCCUGCAGCCCUACACCCAGCGCCAGGUCAAUGACCUGCAAUGCUGCUGCUUCUUAU